AUAGGUUCUUGGCCCCACAAUACGACGUUUACUCACUCUCAUUUCGAGGUCUCAUUGGCUCCUAUUUACCAAUGUUCGGCUAUGGAGUGGUUCUCUAUGUGACAGAUAUGGAACAUUAAAUGAUAGACCGACUAGGUCGGAAGAUCAGCACGCCGGGACCCGCUCACCGACGGUAGGGUCAGUGAGGAUGGUCAAAGAGAAGCAGCUACGUACUACGUCCGCACGUAAGCCUCUUUCAUGUGUUAUUGCUAACAUCACGAGUGUCAAACCAGACUCGUUCCAUUGAUUCUCACUGUGCUUCCCACACCUUCUGGUGGAACGUUGAGCUUUCUUAUUUCUCAUCGAUAUAGCGUGAGACCGAUGGACACAUCUUCUGGACAAUGUGAACGGGACAGAUCCUCUCACGACAUCUUCGCCAUUACAUCCGACGUUUCUUGUAAACAUCAUCAUAGACGCUGGAUGCAAACCUGAUCUCAACAUGCAGAAAUGUACACAAAAGGGGAAUCAGAAUAAUAGAUCAAUAAAAACGCAAAAUGCGCGAGGCUCAGCGUGGAAUUUAUCAUCGUAAUGUGCAGGUAUUCAGCAUUUACUCGAUGCUUCUCUCGGGCCUGCUGAGGUAACAGUCUCCCCCACUCAAUCUCCCCUGUAGUCCACUGCCAUGAAUGCCCUUCCAAUCAUCGUUGCCACCGGGAUUGCGUGGUUGAUAUGGCGUGUUGUCCACAAUCUCUUCAUUCGUUCUCCUCUGGACAACAUUCCCGGACCAGCUCCUCCCUCUCUGAUCAGAGGUAAUCUUGGCCAGUUAUUCGAUAGACAUGGCUGGGACUUCCUCGAUGGGCUAGGAGAGAAAUACGGAAAGGUCGUCCGACUGACGGGUAUAUUAGGUCACCGAAUAUUAUACGUAUUCGAUCCAGCGGCCUUACACCAAGUGAUCAUCAAAGAAGCGGAUAUAUACGAUCUUCCAGAAUGGUCGACGGACAAUGUAAGGUUGACCAUGGGACCUGGUCUACUUGGUGUCCAUGGAAAUCAACAUCGUCGGCAGCGCAGGAUGCUGAACCCUGUAUUUUCCAUCAAGCAUAUGCGCUCAAUCACACCUGUGUUUUACGACGUAGCGCACAAAUUGCGUUCAGGCCUCGAGGUCCAAGUAGGAGACAAACCAACUACUGUCGAUAUCCUCGGUUGGUUUGGCCGAACCGCUCUGGAGCUGAUAGGUCAAGGUGGUCUUGGCUAUUCUCUUGAUACUCUGGACACUCCGGCUCCCAAUCCUUACGGCGAUGCGCUGAAGGAGUUCUUACCCGCCCUAUUCGCCAAUUCCGAACUACAAUUUCUGACGAAUUAUGUAAAGAAGAUUGGCUCUCCUGCAUUCCGGGCUGCCAUGAUCGAUUGGUUACCUCUGCCUGCUCUUCAUCGAGUGAAGAGGAUUGUCAACAAGAUGGAUACCGAAGCAAAGAAUGUCUAUUUCCAUAAGAGAAACGCAUUUCAAGCUGGAGAACAGAGUGUCCUCAAACAAGUGGAGGAAGGGAAGGAUAUCAUGAGUGUCCUCUUGCAAGCGAACAUGGCAGCUUCAGAGGAAAAUCGUUUGACAGAUGAGGAGAUAAUUGGACAAAUGUCCCUUCUCGUUAUAGCAGGGACGGAUACAACUUCGAACUCGCUCACUGUGGUCAUGGAACUCUUGGCACAGUAUCCGGACAUUCAAGACAAGUUGCGAGCUGAGAUCAAACAGGCUAGAGAAGAAUGCGGUGAAGAUAUCCCGUAUGAUACUCUAGUAUCUCUUCCUUAUAUGGACGCUUUAUGCCGGGAGACGUUACGACUCUUCCCACCCGUCAGUUUCAUUUUCCGAGAGGCGCAGAAGGACAUCGUCAUGCCACUUUCGGAGCCGAUGAUUAGUGUCGAUAGGACCACAAUCAACGAGAUUCCGGUACCCGCAGGUACAACGGUGAUCGUCGCGAUUCGUCCGGUGAAUCAGAGUAAGGACAUUUGGGGUGACGACGCCAAGGAAUUCAAACCUGAGCGCUGGUUGUCUCCCUUGCCCUCCACUGUGAUGGAUGCUCACGUUCCGGGCGUGUACUCGAAUCUGAUGACGUUCAACGGUGGCGGACGCGCAUGCAUAGGUUUUAAGUUCUCUCAGCUCGAAAUGAAGGUGGUUUUGGCUACGAUCAUCUCGACUUUCAAAGUUUCUUUGGCUCCGAACGCGAAGGACGUCAUGUGGAACCUUUCUGCUGUACGUUACCCGACGGUCGGGAAUGACAGUGACCGUCCGGCUUGCCCUAUAACACUGGAAUGCCUAAAGGUUUGACUUCGCCCUUCCCGAAUGGCUUAGAUUCAAUCCGCUGCCAUCCGAUCCAACGUGAUAGAUCGACCAUGCUUCAAUCUUCCCUCCUUCAAGUUCUUUUCGUAGACUCAGAUCUCCUUUCAUUCAUUCUUUGGACCUUGGAAGCUUUGUAAAAUGCAUGCUGUAGUAGUUAGACGUGCGUGUUAUGUGUUGGAGAGGAAAUAUGUGGUAGCGUGUUACUGACUCGAAGUUCUGGAUGAAGAAAUAUUUUCCGAU